CCCCCAGGGUCACCUGUGGGCAGGGACAGAUGUGGGGUCAGCCCGGGGGGGUGGGGGUCCCGAACGCUAUGGGAGAUGGCUGCUGUCCCCAGCCUGGGCCGUGUCCCCUCAACCUCAUCUGUGUCCCCAACCUGCCCCGUGUCCCCAGCCUGCUCUAUGAUGUCCCCUCAGCUUCACCUGUGUUCCCCCAUUCUGAUCCUUCACCAACUUUUGUCCCCUCCCUGCUCCAUGUCCCAAACUUUAUCUAUGUCCCCAGCCUGAUCGAUGUCCCCCACCCAUGCCAUGUCCUCCCAGUCUGGUCCAUUCCCAACCUGGUCUCUGUCCCCUAAACCUCAUCUGUAUCUGUAUCCCCCCCCCAGCAUGAUCCAUAUCUCCAACCUGGUCUGUGUCCCCAACCUCAUCCAUGCUCCUGACCUGAUCUGUGACCCCAACAUGAUCUGUGUCCCCUCAACCCAGUCUGUGAUGUCUCCUCAAUCUCACCCAUGUUCCCCCAGUCUAUGCUCCCAAUGUGGUCUGCGUCCCCUAAACCUCAUCUGUGUCCCCCCCCCCACUCUGAUCCAUGCCCCCAGUCUGACCCAUAUCCCCAACCUGAUCUGUGUCCCCUCAACCAGGUCAGCGUUCCCCACUUGGUCCACGUUCCCCACCUUGGUCUAUGUCCCCAACCUGUGUCCUGAAUGUGGUCCAUGUGUCCCCAACCUGACCUGUGUCCUCAACCCAUUCCAUGUCCCCAUCCCAAUCCCUGCCCUCCGUCCCCUUUUCCCACCGUUUGGGGCUGUGAUGGGAUGAGGGGCCUCAGAGCAGCACCCAGAGCUGAGUGCUGCUCCCAUGGCCGAGCAGCAAACUGCGCCAGUCGGUGUCGGACCCCACGCGGCUGCGGACCCUGACAGGAGAAUGGUUCUGCCACGUCCGCGCCCAGCGCCAUCGGAACCUGCUGGGAUCCGACCUGGAGCAGCAGAGCUGGAAUGCAGGCUCAGCCAGGGUGAGCUGGAGGCCAUCAGGGAGUGGCUGCUGGAGGAGAAGGAGGAUGAGGAGGGUGCGCGGGAGGAGAGCCCCAAUGAGGAUGGAGUCCUGGCAGCCACGGAGCCACAGCCCAAACCCGCUGCCCCGGAAAGGACAACGGUGUCACCAUCUCUGCAGCAGGGUGACGUCCCAGCAGGGGAACAGGAAAGCCCCAGACAGCCAGGUGACAGAGUGGAUGGGAACCCCUUUGGCACCUCCAGUGUGGAGGAAGAUGAGGAGGAGCCCAACCCUGCACACAGCAGUCCUGGUGUUGUACAGAGCACAGAGCCCCCCCCAGACGGACGGACAUCCCCGCAGGACAGCCACGCUCCUCCAGGCGCCGCGCUCAGCAGCAGCUCCUCCAUCUCCAGCCUCAACUCCUCCACGCUGAGCGGCAGCCUGCUGAGCCUCUACAGCGACUGGGAGCUGCGCCGGGUGCCGGUGCGGGGCUGCGUUCAGUUCUCACUGCGUUACGAAGCGGCUGCUCAGGAGCUGCGGGUGCACGUGGUGCGGUGCCGGCACCUGGCCGAGGCAAAGAGGCAGCGCUCCGACCCGUACAUCAAGACCUACCUGCUGCCCGAUAAGUCCAACCGCAGCAAGCGCAAAACCUCGGUUCGGAAGCGGAGUUUGGACCCCGUCUUUAACGAGACCCUGAAGUACAACGUGAGGAAGGCAGAGCUGCGGGGUCGGACGCUCAACCUGUCCGUGUGGCACCACGACGCUUUGGGUCGGAACCUCUUCCUGGGGGAGGUGGAGGUCCAGCUGGGAGAGUGGGACUGGGCCAACACACAGCCCGAGUGGUUCAACCUGCAGCCCCGUACCCCCAUACCCCCAGACAGCCUCCCCAACCGAGGUCACCUCAACCUGGCACUCAAAUUCAUCCCCGCCGGCUCUGAAGGUUUAGGGCAACCGCCCACAGGUGAGCUGCACAUCUGGAUUAAGGCAGCACAGGGCUUGGUCCCACUGCAUGGCAGCACCGUGGAUGCCUUCGUGCAGUGCUCUGUGCUGCCUGAUGACAGCAAGGCUGGCCGGCAGAAGACACGGGUGGUGAAACGCAGCCUCAGCCCCAUCUUCAACCACACCAUGGUGUACGAUGGCUUCCAGCCCCACGACCUGGCCCAGGCCUGUGCUGAGUGCACCCUAUGGCACAGGGAUGCCUUCGCCAAGAGGCAGCUGGGGGGGCUACGGCUCAGCCUGGGCACAGGGAGCAGCUACGGGCUGCCCGUGGGCUGGAUGGACUCGACGGCGGAGGAGCGGGCGCUGUGGGGCCGAGUGCUGCAGGAUUCCGGGCGCUGGGUGGAAGCGCUGCUACCGCUGCGCACCGACCUGGUGCCCCGCACCGCACCGUGAGCACAGCGAGACCCCCGGCAUGGAGACGGAGGGGGUGGGAGGUUUGGGAUGUGCCCCACGCAUAUGGGGCCGUGCCCACGCUGUCCCUUGGGUUGCAAUGAAGCACGGCACGCUCUCUCCUGGA